AAUUAAUUACCAUCCGUUACUGCUCUUCUUCCCAAACCCAGAGAAAGAAAAUAGAAGAAAAGAAAAGAAAAGGAAAAAAAAAAAACCUUAAUCUGUUCGAAAUGCCUUGUAUAAUACUUGUCACUUUCCUCAGCUCUCUUGGCAUUCUUCACAUCGAAGCUGCCCCUACAUACGUCCACAGUACAUGCUCAACCACAGGAAACUUUACUAAAAACUCCCUUUACCAAUCCAACCUCAAUCUCCUUUUGUCUUCUCUCUCCUCCAACGCCACAACCCACUUCUUCUACAAUACCACCGUUGCCGCCGCCACCAGUGACGCUGUCUACGGCCUCUUCCUCUGCCGCGGCGACAUCGACGACGCCAGCGUCUGUCAAGCCUGUGUCGCCGCGGCUGCGGAGGAGGUCCCCAAGAAGUGCCCUCGGCAGAAAGAGGCCAUCAUAUGGAACGAAGAGUGCAUGCUGCGGUACGCCAACCGCUCCUUCUUUGGGGUCAUGGACGAAUACCCCAACGACUACUUCGUGGAGAACUCCAAUCCCGUCAGUGAUUCCGACCGCUUCAACGAGAUAGUGGCGAAGACUGUGAAGGAGGCUGCGACGGCGGCGGCGGCGGCUGGCGGGCCAGGGGAGAAGAAGUUUGCGGCGAAGGAAGCAAAUUUCAGCGAGUUUCGCACGGUUUAUAGCCUCGUGGAGUGUACGCCAGACCUUUCAAGUAUGGAUUGCCGGCGGUGUCUGGAUACCGCCAUAGCUGAGCUUCCUAACUGCUGCAGUGGGGAGGACAGGGUGACUUAUCUUUAUCCCAGUUGUUAUCUUAGUUAUGACAAGUCCCGGUUUUACAACCAAAUUGUUGCGCCAACUCCUAGUCCUCCUCAGAUUAUUCCACAAGAAAAAAGUAAAAGUUCAACACUAAAAAUUGUGGCCAUUGUUGUCCCAACGGCUGCUAUUGCUGUGCUAUUUCUUAUCUUGGGCUGCUACUGUUUUGCAAUCCGAAGAGCAAAAAACAAGUACAAGUUCAUGAACGAAGACAAUGCUGUUGACAUUAUAACUAUAGAGUCUUUGCAAUGUGACUUUGCUACAAUUGAAGCUGCCACGAACAACUUCUCCCUAAAUAACAAGUUAGGUCAAGGAGGAUUUGGUGACGUUUACAAGGGCAUACUAUCGAAUGGACAAGAAAUAGCUGUUAAGAGGCUACUGAGAAGUUCGGCCGAAAAAGGAGUAGAUGAGUUUAAGAAUGAAGUUGUUUUGCUAGCCAAGCUCCAGCACAAAAACCUUGUAAGGCUUUUGGGAUUUUGCUUGGCAGGGGAAGAGAAAUUACUUGUCUAUGAAUUUGUGCCCAACAAGAGCCUGGACUACUUUAUAUACGACCCAAGAAAACAAGGCGAUCUAAAUUGGUCAACGCGUCACAAGAUAAUAGUAGGAAUUGCUAAAGGAAUUUUGUAUCUCCAUGAGGAUUCUCGACUCAAAAUCAUACAUCGCGAUCUCAAACCUGGCAAUAUAUUGUUAGAUGCUGAUUACGAACCCAAAAUUUCUGACUUUGGUUUAGCUAGACUCUUUGAAGUUGACCAAACUCGUGCAGAUACAAGUAGAGUUGCUGGCACAUUAGGUUAUAUGUCUCCAGAAUACGCGCUGCAUGGGCGGCUUUCUCUCAAGUCUGAUGUGUAUAGUUUUGGCGUCAUAAUAUUGGAGAUAAUUAGUGGCGAAAGGAACACCAAUUUCCAUCAAUCACAUCAUGACGCGGAGGAUUUCUUGAGCUAUGCUUGGAAGCUUUGGAAGGAUGGAACGCCUUGGAAGUUGCUAGAUCAAAAACUUAUAGCUUCUUCUUACUCAGAAAUUGAAGUGGCCAGGUGUGUCCAUAUUGGAUUGCUUUGUGUACAGGGAGAUCCCGAAGUCAGACCAAAAACGGCAACAAUAGUUCUCAUGCUUAAUAAUUCCUCAAUCCCGCUAUCACCACCGCAAAGACCUGCAUAUUACAGUAGAACAGAUAUUGACAAAUCUGAAUCGGAGCUAAUGCUAGAUGAGUCUACAAGCCGUGAAAUUCCACUCGUUUUUGUUGGUACAAAUUAAGCAGCAUUUGUCCGAGUUAGUCCCACAUUGGAGAGACUAAUUAAUGUUAUAAUUGUCGCUUGAGAAUAAUAGAGAUGCAGUUGUAAGUAAUGCAGGGAAAACGUGCAAAUCACAGCUCUCUUCCGCGCAUGAUUUGAUGUGAGUUGUUUAUUCGAAACGAAUAUUGCGAGUUGUACAGUCUAUUUCAUAAAUUAUGAGUUCCCUUCUACUA